GAGGGUCUCUGUACUAACUGCUCCUGGACACCAGCUCACGUUCUGUGUGUAGGACGUGUGAUGGACGGGCUGAUUUCCUCUGAGCUCAACCUGAGAACAGACUGUUCCUAUUUGGACUGAAGGUGUUGCACAUGCUGCUGCGGAACCAAAGUGCUGGUGCGUCGGUUUUCCACGGAUCGUAGAGAGUGUGACACUAAAUGUAGCUUUGAAACUCGGUCUGUUUACUUAUGAUACUACUGUAGCUAACUGUGACAAAUGCAAUAUCUGAUUUAUAAUUUAAACGGGGAAAUGUAGCCAGGUCUUAGCACCGGUUCUCUGACUUUAGCUGACCACGCGUAGCCCGAAGAACCUUCCAGAGACAGGGACGUUUAUCACCUUGACUUCUGGGCUCGGUUCUCGGUCGAGCUGACAGCCUGACUGACUGUCCAAAGCUCAAAACAGAGGCGGUGAGGCAUAGCUGGCCACAGAAUAGCAGGAAAACGAUACGGUGGACUUAACUUUUUCUUGGUUCGAGCCAGACAGCCUGUCUGUAGCCGGGGAAGAAGGAUGAGCGGCCGCAGACUGCUGUUGCCCUGGUUGAGCCUGAGGACUGGGAGAAGCAGAUGGACAGGUCGACUUCAUGAUGGUGUGAAUGCGUGUGGAAGGGCAGCCUUCUCCAUUUGCAGCCCAAAGGUGUGUGUUGUUGGCAGCGGUCCAGCAGGGUUCUACACAGCACAGCAUCUGAUCAAGGCCCGCCAAGAUGUUGAGGUGGACAUUUAUGAGCGGUUGCCCGUCCCCUUCGGUCUGGUCAGGUUCGGGGUGGCCCCUGAUCAUCCUGAAGUCAAGAACGUCAUCAACACAUUCACACUUACGGCAAGAAAUUCACGCUGCAGCUUCUACGGGAAUGUGAAUGUGGGGAAGGAUGUGAGCAUUGAGGAGCUGCGGCGAGCCUACCAUGCAGUGGUACUGAGUUACGGCGCAGAGGGAAACAGGAGAAUGGGAGUCCCAGGAGAAGACUUGGCUGGCGUUUACUCUGCCAAAGAUUUUGUUGGCUGGUACAAUGGGCUGCCAAGCUGUCAAGAGCUUAGCCCUGACCUGAAUUGUGAAACAGCAGUCAUUCUGGGACAAGGCAACGUGGCCUUGGAUGUAGCAAGAAUCCUGCUGGCUCCCACUGACAUUUUAAAGACUGACAUCACCCAGCCAGCCUUGGAGGCCCUGGUAAAGAGCCAGGUCCGCAGAGUGCUGAUUGUUGGCAGGAGAGGACCCAUGCAGGUCGCUUGCACGAUCAAGGAGUUUAGAGAAAUGGUGAACCUGCCUGACACUAGACCUGAGAUGGUGGUGGAUGAUUUUGAAGGUGUCAAAGAGGCUAUUAAAGAUUUGCCAAGGCCCAGGAAGCGUCUGACAGAGUUGAUGAUGAAGACGGCCCUGGAGAUUCCAGGUGAGAAGGAGCAGGAGAGGCAAAACAAGGCUUCCCGUGUCUGGGCCUUCCGAUUCUUACGGAGCCCCAUUGAAAUCCUGGCCAAUCCUGACAACAACAGAACAGUUGGCAUCAGACUGGCAGUCAACAGGCUGGAGGGUUCAGGUGAGGGAGCCCAGGCAGUGCCCACUGGAGAAGUGGAGGAUGUGACCUGCGGUCUGGUCAUUAGCAGUAUCGGCUACAAGAGCCUCCCCAUCGAUCCCUCGGUGCCGUUUGACUCACACAAAGCCAUCGUCCCAAACAACAUGGGCCGUGUUCAACACACUGCAGGUUUAUAUUGUAGCGGCUGGCUGAAAACAGGCCCUACUGGGGUGAUAGCCACCACUAUGAACAAUAGUUUUGACACUGCACGUUCCGUGGUGGAGGACAUGGAGUCUGGAACAGUGGAUGUAUCAGCUGCCAAGCCAGGCUCACAAAGCAUCAGUGGCCUGCUGGAAGAAAGGGGAGUGAAACCAGUGACUUUCUCCAACUGGGAGAAGAUUGACAGUCUGGAGAUGAGUAGGGGUGAAGCCAGUGGAAAACCCAGAGAGAAAUUACUGACUGUGGAGGAAAUGCUACAGGUGGCUCGAAAGUGACUGAACACUUACAGGUGAAUACUGGACUGAGCAGUAUAGAAGUACAGUAGUCGCCAACACGUCGAUGGGCCUUUGAUGACUGACCACCAUGGGCCCAGAAAGAAAAUGACAUGAAGCACUUAACAUGGACUGAAUUCAUAUUGUACACAUUAAAAGGUAACCCUAUAUUCUUUAUCAGGGUCGACAUUGUUAAUAAACUAUUACAAUGUAAGUCUGUACAAAUGAUGUAAUAAAGAACAUGUAGAGACAAAUGUUUCUUAUACAUACAAUUCAUAAAAUGAAAUUUAUGGCAUUAUCCCGUCCAUUUUUAAUUAUAUCAGUACAAAAUAAAAUGACUUAAUGCAG